UACUUGUACGGUUGUGCAUCCUCCUAAUCUCUGAUUCUGAAGCCCUUCUCAUCUCCGUCUCCAAUGGCGAAGACGCCCAAAACCAAAAAGCGAAAGCUUGUCAAAAAAGUGAAGGAAGAACCACCACCAGAACAACGAAUUGACAACACCACCAACAAAAAACUCAAAACCAUAAAGCACGAAAAGCCCCAACCCUCAACGCCUACUCCACAACCACCCCAAAACACUGAUUCCGGCUCCGACUCAGACUCCGACUCCCUCCCGAGACUCCUCGAGCCUUACUCCAAAGACCAGCUCCUCGACCUCAUAUCCGGGGCCGCCCAAGAGAUCCCCGCCCUCCUCCGCCACAUCCGCCACGUGGCCGACCGCGACGUAUCCCACCGCAAGAUCUUCGUCCACGGCCUCGGCUGGGACACAACGCGCGAGAUCAUGCUCUCCGCCUUCGAGCCCUUCGGCGAGAUCGAGGAUUGCACUCUCGUUCCCGACAAGGCCACCGGAAAAGCCAAGGGAUAUGGCUUCGUUUUGUUCAAGACCCGCAAGGCCGCCGACAAGGCGCUCCGUAAUCCUAAGAAGAAGAUUGGCAACCGCAUGGCCUCGUGGCAGCUGGCCUCAGUGGGCCCGGGGGCUCCACCGGACGUUUCUGCGCGUAGGAUCUACGUGAGCAACGUGCCACCCGACUCCGACGCCGAGAAGCUGAGGCAGUUCUUCUCGAAGUUCGGGGAGAUCGAAUUGGGUCCGUUUGGGUUCGAUUCGAGCACCGGAAAAUUCAGAGGCUUUGCGUUAUUCGUGUUCAAGAGCGACGCCGGUGCGAAGAAUGUUCUGGAAGAGCCGUACAAGUUGUUCGAAGGGCACCGAUUGCAUUGCCAGAAGGCGACCGAAGGUAAGGGCAAGAAUUCGGUGCAGGCACAGCCACAGUCACAGCCACAGCCACAGCCACAGCUGCCGGUGCGACCACCUCCGGCUUUGGCGGCAGUGGCCACGGCGCAGAACCUGGCUAUGUUUGCGCAGCAUCCGUGGUACGGCGGGUUCGCCGCGAAUCCUGGAGCAUUGAACCCGGCAUUGAUGGCCGGGACGUUGAACCAGGGGUUGAUUCCGACAGCUCAAUCGGUCCUUGGUUCGUACGGCGGGUCGGGUACGAGUAUGCAGCAUGUGUAUCCGAACACGCAGAUGGGGCAACCGGGUGCGGGUUCUGGUGGGUCUGUCAGUGGGUAUCCGUCGUAUAUGUGAUGAAGUGCUGCUGAGCUUGAGGAUUGAUAUUCUAAGAGCUUGUUCUGGGUCAACUGUCGCUUGUUGUGGAAGUUUUUCUCAUAGGGAGCACUUUUGAACUUUAAUACGAUUAUUCUAUUAUUUCCUAACUUAAUAAUUUAGCUUAACUUCUUCUU